UAAAUAAGUAUUAAUGGAUUAGCACUAAAGAUAGAAUUAAGCUAAGAUAGUAAAUACGUAUUUUAUUCCAAUGGUUAAAGUCUUUUAGCUUUCAAAAAACAAGAGCCUAAUUUUAAUCUAUAAAAGCCAAAUAUUCUUAAUGACCACCAAGCUUUCUUUUAUCCAAACACUUUAUUUAAUAUAACAGAUAAUUGGUCUUGGAGAUGUGCAUUUAGCAAUAACACACUGUUUUAAGCAAGAAGUAGAGAAGGAAAUUUAGCACUUCAGAUAUCAGGGAGUGGAUUUGGUUUAUAACAACUCUCAUCAAUAUUUAAGAAUUAAUAAAGUAAAUAAACAGGGGUAAAUGGUUUAAAGGUAUUAAAAGAUUAAAGACAUUUAAUUCUUGGCCUUUCUAAUUAAGGAGUGGCAGUAGUAGACUAUCUGGAUUUGAAAAAUCCUUAGGUUAUUUUUAACUCUACAUUUGGAUUUACUGAUAAUGAUUCUGAUUCUAUCUACCUAAAUUAAAAUGAAACCAUUCUAGUUGUGGCAUCGGGUAGGAGAGGAAUACUAAUAAUAAACUCAACAAAUUUAUCUAAUAUGACUCUUAUUUCUAAUUUUGUGCCUUAAGACUACUAAAUUAUUGGAACUUGCGAAGAUGCUCUUAUUACAUAAAAUAGCUAGUACAUAUUUGCAGCUGUAAGAUCAUAUGGCUUGAUAUUAAUAGAUGUUACUAAUAUUUAUACACCAUAGAUUAAAAACAGAUUUAUUACAUUGGGUGCUGAAUCAAUAAUAUUCACUUAAAAUGAGAAUUUCUUAAUACUUUCUAAUGGAUUUAAAGGAAUAAAGAUAUUUGAUAUUUCAGAUAUCAACUAAAUUUAAAUUUUAGGAGAAGUAAAAAUAGAUGGUUAAUGUCUUCAUAUUAGAUCUAUUUUUAACGAUAAUUUUAUUUUAGUUACACUUUAAGAGAAGGGAUAGCUAGCACUCGUAGACAUUACUUAGAUAGGAUAACCUUUACUAAUACAGAAGUAUUAAUACCUUUCAGAAGAUAUUGCAUAUGAUGUUUGCCUGAAUGAUGAUCAAUCUAUCGCAUAUUUAAUGGGUCGAACAGGAAAUCUAAUAAUACCUUUGAAAAGUAAAAUAAUUCUGCAAACUGAAAUAUUUUAAACUUAAGUUGGCAGUGAUGGCAAGAUCUAUGUACAAACUCUUCACAUGGACGAUAUAUUGCUUGUUGGAAUGGAUGUUUUGUUUCUAAUAACUCCUUUAUUUUCUGACCAUAAACUCUUUAUAAAAUCUUGCUAUUACUAUGAGAAUUAUAAUAAAGAUAAUUUACCUUCUUGGAUUUCAUUUAAAUAAGCUGCUUAAGAGUUAUAACUGAAAAUUACUAAAGAGUCAUUAAACACAAAUAUAAAUGGAGUUUUGGGACGCACCAAUCAUUAAAUUAUUUUAUUAGUUUUAUAAGAAAUUCAAGAUUUAGAUUUUGUUAGUUAGGAAAAUAAUAUUAAUCAGAAAUUAUCUGCAUAUAUAAAAAAACUCUGCUAAUCAUAAGGUAUAAUUGAUAAUGUAGGCUUUAUAACUGAAUAUUUUAAUCCUUAUACACAAUUCAGUUUAUAAGGUUUUAAUGGUACUGAUGCAUAGUAGUAGUACAUCAAUUAGAUACUCAAGAUGAAGGUUAUUAAUUAUCCAAUUUAUUUUACUACUGAUAGUUCUCUUGUUUUAAAUGUUUCUGAUUCCACAAAUAUAAUCUUAAGCUAAUCUUCUUCUCUGUAAAUGUAUAUUUCUGUAGACCCUAAUUUUGCUAGAUUUGUUGAUAUCAAGUAUAAAGGAGCAUUAAUUUCGCUAUCUCAGGACUCAUCCACAAUCAUGCUUUAAGGAGAGACUUGCCAAGUCAAUUAGUUGGUAGCCUAAGGCUUUUAUAUUUAAAACUUCUUUCGUACAUAAGACAUUAAUGUAACUAUCAGUGCUAAUGAUCAAAUAAAUUACUAAUUUGAAGAAACUUACUCUUUUUAAGAAGUAUCUUUUUUGAAAAUUUUAGAAAAUAUAUAAGUAAGCAAAACAUGUAAUUUAUAAUGUGAAUUUAAUUAAUAAUAUUCUGAUGGAGCAAUUCCUGUAAAUGAGUAUUUUAAAUUUCAAAUAAGCGAUAGUAUCUUUAUUAAUUUAAGCCAAUAAAAGACAUAAUAUAAUGUCAAUUUAUUGAUUGAUGACUAGGUUUUACAGCUUUCAAAAAAAUAUUGGUUAAUAUUUGAUAAAACAACAAACUCUCUUUCAGGAUAGCCUGGUCUUGAAUAAGUUGGAUAAAGUAUCACCAUUUAAGUGAAUGCAACUGAUAGCUAUUCAUUUAUUGUAGAUAGUUUUACAUUUACUGUUAAAAAAGACAAUAGUAGCUUGUUUCUAAAAAUAUUUUUAGUUAUUCUUGUUCCUAUAGUUGCGCUUUUAAUCUUACUUUAGUUUAAAUCUAGCUUUUACAAUCUUUUUUUUACUCAAAAUUUCUGUUAUUCUACAGAAACAAUAGAAAUAGGAAAAGAAUAUACUAAGCAAAUUAUACUCCGAGAUGAGAUGUUUAGAGUAGCAAAAAUUAUAUGGGAGCAAUAUAAGAAAAAAAUAGAAAUAGAAAUUUUAAAGUAAGAAUUAUAAAAGUUGAAAAGUAUAAAGGAUGAAAGUAACGAAAGCAAAAGUUUAUCAACUAAUAAAAUAAACAUGAUUCAAGUUGAAAAUAUUAAUCCUAAGAGCUUACUAAAGAGAAAUCAAUUUGAUUAAAGCUCGCUGUAACCAAAUCAAGAAAAUUUGGGAGUUACUGAAGAUCCUGCAUUAAAAGAAUCUCAAUAAGAAAGAUAUAAAAAAAAGCAUAAUAAAGAAGAUUAAGAAUAAAAUUUUAGAUACUUUGUAGAAAAUGGAGAGAUUGACUACAAUUUUAUAUUGAAAUAGAUGUCUAUUUUCUUCGAUCAAAUAAAUAAUAAUCAACCUGAUUUAUCGCUAGGUUAAAGAGUCAAUUCUGAAGAUAUUAUCAACACUUCUACUAAGAUUUCUAAAAUCCUCUAAGGAUUUUUUGUUAAGUAUUGCAUAAGCUUAGAUUAAGAUUUGUAGUUGAUAUUUGAAAAAAUAAAAGCUAUGGCUGUUAGUAAUUUUAAUAAUUUAGAUUGGUAUAAAGCAUAUACAAAUAUUGCAUCAGAUUUAGAUGAUGUUUCUGAAUGUUCGAUUCCGGUCAUCACUGUUAAUGAAUUUGUAUUUAGCAAAACUAUUUAGAUAAUUUAGCAUAUUUUCCCUUUUAAAAUUUAAAAUUUGCUUAUUAUUAUUAAAGAGUCGUUAAUAUCGACUGCUUAUGGCUUCGAAGAAAAAAGAAAGAGGAGAUGGAAGUAAAGAAGCUUUGGAGAAACUAUUUAUAAGGAAAAAACUAAAAUUUAGUCUAUUUAGAUACUAUAAAAAGUAAGAAACAGGUCAUUUCAAUAAAAAUGGGGGAGUUAUAGAUGUUUUAGAGAUAUAGGAUUUAAAUAAUGCCCUUAGACUUAAAAUUAUGGGCUUCCUUAAUGGAUGAACGCACUUGAAAUUAUAAAUGGAUCUAUUAUAAUCGGAGGAUAACCAAUGGCAUCUGAUGUAGGUUAGUAUUUAAUUAGAAUAUUUGACAAGAAUUCUUAUAUAAUAAGAGAAUUCAAGAUAUUUGUCAUAAAAAAAUAAAUAUUCACACAGCACGAUCAUAUAAAUAAUGCGACAUCAUCUAAAUCUAAUCACUAUAAGUAGCUACACUAAAAUAUUCCUUAGCUAAGUAUAAAAUAUAAUUCAAGACUCCCAAUUACAUCAAAUGUCUUUUUGAACCCUUCAAUAAGCAGUGCGCAUGGAAAUUUGAUUGCUAGAGAUAAUUAAGAAGAAUAAAUGGAGUGAUUUAAUUAAAUCUAAACAGUUGAAUCUAUUUAUAUAGAUAACAUAAAAUUUGCUUCAUCAACAAUGAUUAUCCAAUAAAAAAUAUAUUUAAAUUCUUUAACAAAAGAUUUUGCUUUAAUAGCAAGUAUAAAAAUAAAAAUAAAUUAAUUAAUUAAUCAAUAUGGUAAAGGAAUAAUUUUCUUAAAUGAAUAAAUCUCCCCUUCUAUAUUUGCAUAUGAAUUAACCAGAGAAAAACUAAAUGCUUUGCAACUAAUUUAUAAUUUAAAUUUUGAGCAAUUAUGUUUCUAUUAUUACUUUCAACUAACGCUAAUUAAUUUAAUUGCCAAAAACUGGAUCAGCCAUGGAAAAACAAAAUAACUGAAAAAAUUUAUAAAUUUUGAUUCAUAGAGUUUUUUUGUUACUUAAUUACUUGUUAAAAUUAUGUUUUUAAUUAUUCAGUGUUAAUAAACGAAAUCUUCUACUCAAAUUAUUAAUUUACAAAUUCAAAUCUUUAUAAUAAAUUGUUUAAAAUACACAAUAAUAAA